AUGUUCACAACGACCGCCCUGCUCUCCUGUCUACAUGCCCUCGUCCUGCACGGCGCCCUCGCACGCACGACAUCUCCAAUGCUAGUCCAACCCCAGGCUCCAUGGACGGCCGGGGAUCCGGUCAAGGUCCCAGUGAUCCUCGGAGUGAUGAGCGCGUGCCCGGACGCCAUCCUCUGCGAGACCGUCUUCGAUCGCGUCCUCGCGCGCGCGGCGGGGAAGAUGGACCUCCAGCUCACGUUCGUCGGCACGCCAGACGCCUCCGUGCCCGACUGGGGCGUCGACUGCAAGCACGGCGCGCUCGAGUGCGCGGGGAACGUGCAGGAGCUCUGCGCGAUCGCGCACGCCCCGUUCGAGCAGUGGUGGAACUUCGUGCACUGCCAGAACUUCGAGGGCCGGUACCAGGUCGGCAGGCCCGAGACGGCGCUCAAGUGCGCCAAGGCGGCGGGGCUCGACUGGGAGAACGGCGGCGUGGGCGCGUGCGCGGGGGCGAGCGGGGACGGCAAGGGCGAGGAGGGCGUCCGUCUGCUGCGGGAGAGCGUCCGGCAGACGGCGGCGAUGGGGAUCGAGAAGAGUUGCACGGUGAUGAUCAACGGGAAGCAAGUUUGUGUGCGCGACGGGGAGUGGCGGGAAUGCGAGCAGGGGCACACGUCCGAAGAUUUCGUGAGACAAAUUGAGGCAGAGUACAACAAACUCAACGCAAUGUGA